UACACACACUUCCCCCAAACCCUUCUCAUCUGCCUCUUGGAGAGAGAGUCCCAACACUUUUUUUAUUUUACACUGUAAGCUCCUCUGAUCGCCCUCCAAGCAGCAGCUUGGAGACGACCCGGCCACAAAGAUUGACACCAACGGCUGGAGCGAGGGCGGGAGCCCCGACCCCGACUCCGAGACCAUGAGCGACUCCAUCGACAAGAGCCUGGACAGCGACGCCGAAGGGGUGUGGAGCCCCGACAUCGAGCAGAGCUUCCAGGAGGCCCUGGCUAUCUAUCCGCCCUGCGGUCGACGCAAGAUCAUCCUGUCGGACGAGGGAAAGAUGUACGGGCGUAACGAGUUGAUAGCCAGAUACAUCAAGCUCCGGACUGGGAAAACGCGGACGAGAAAACAGGUAUCGAGUCACAUACAAGUCCUUGCCCGGAGGAAAUCACGUGAGAUUCACAGCAAGUUAAAGGCAAUCAAUAUGGAUCAGUCAGCGAAGGACAAGGCCCUGGCAAGCAUGGCUGCCAUGUCAUCUGCACAGAUCGUCUCAGCGACAGCCAUUCAGAGCAAGCUGGGCAUGCCCAGCCUUUCCCGACCUCCUUUUCCCACUGCAGCUACUGGGACGCCCGAGUUCUUCCAGUUCUGGCCGGGGGCAGUCACGUCGGGACAACCAAGCUCCUCCCAAGAUGUGAAGCCUUUCAUCCAACAACCGUUCCCUCUUCAGGCGAGUGUCAGCCACACCCCCGUCUCAGGUUACGACGGCCCCCCCACGGGCCUUUCCUCGGCCCCCUCCGGACCUGCCUGGCAGGGGCGCUGCAUCGGGACACCCAAAAUCCGGCUGGUGGAAUUCUCGGCUUUUAUGGAGCAGCAACGGGAUCCGGAAUCUUACAACAAACACCUUUUUGUGCACAUCGGCCAGUCCAGCCCGUCGUACAACGACGCUCUGCUGGAGUCGGUCGACAUUCGCCAAAUCUACGACAAGUUUCCCGAGAAGAAAGGGGGUCUGAAGGAGCUGUUUGAGAAAGGGACGCCCAACACCUUCUUCCUGGUGAAGUUCUGGGCCGACCUCAGCAUUAAUAUUCAGGACGAUGCGGGGAUGUUUUACGGUGUGACCAGCCAGUACGAGAGUGCGGAGAAUAUGACAGUCACCUGCUCCUCCAAGGUCUGCUCCUUUGGCAAACAAGUGGUAGAGAAAGUGGAAACGGAAUACGCCCGGUUUGAGAACGGUCGCUUUGUGUACCGGAUCCACCGUUCCCCCAUGUGCGAGUAUCUGAUCAACUUCAUCCACAAACUCAAACAGCUCCCGGAGAAGUACAUGAUGAACAGCGUUCUGGAGAACUUCACCAUCUUGCAGGUGGUCACAAAUCGCGACACCCAAGAGCUGCUCCUAUGCGUCGCGUACGUCUUCGAGGUGUCGACCAGUGAGCACGGCGCCCAACACCACAUCUAUAAACUGGUGAAGGACUAGACCAACACCCGAAACCCUUCACUCACUCAAACACACACACUACUGUCCAAAUGAGUGGCCUCUUUGACUCCUCUGACGGGGCCCCUCUGUUGAGGGGGAAGCCCAGCUCUAGACUGAACGAGGCCCAGAAAGUCAGGGCAGACUUUGAAGAGCGUUCAAACCCGUCUGGCAGCUGGGGCUUCGUAACAGGCAGCCAUCCGCUGGUACCAGCCUUCAGCCUUGCCGAGUCUCCGAGAGUUAAUGCAUCCUGGCUGCCCCAAACCUCGGGCCACAAUUCAAUCGGGGGAUAAGGUAUAUGAUACGAUACGAUACGCGAACGUGCCGGAGAGAGCACCUGGGUUCAACUCGGGGGAAUUAGAAUUCUUCUCUUGAUUUUACUUUCAAAACCUUUUUCUUUUUUAAAAAAAAAGAAAGUUUUCUCCCUUCUGAC